AUGCCAGCUGGUGGUGACACGGCCAAGUCGUCCGCAAAGAGCGCCCCCACGCUUCUACUGGACCGCACCAUCCGUUUUGAUACUUCACUUUCUGAGCUUCAGGAGCAAACCAGUCGUGGGGAGCGGAUCUUAAUGAGACUUUCUCCCGUGGAGGAUACAAAAGGGAAUAGCGGUAAGGAAGGCGUUUUGUACGUUACGAACCUUCGUUUCAUGUGGCAUAGCAGUCACCGUGUGCGAAACAACCUUUCCGUGGGUUAUUACGGUGUGUACAAUAUGAGUGUGCAGAUGGUCGAGACGCGGCUGCGUGGUCACGCGGAGGCACUUCGCAUAACUGCUAGGUAUGGAUCGAAUAGGUUUGAGUUCUUUUUUACUCAUCCAAGUGAGGACCGUCGGUCACGGUUGAGUGCUGUACGUUUAGUGUGGCGUGCAUACGAUACCACUCGUAUUUACCGUGAGGUGCGGCUGCGUAGCUGUGCAGUGCGUGACGGAGAGUUGCUGCUUCUUAAGGGCGAGAGGCUCGUGACACGCGUAAAGGGCGUGAGCAAUGUGAGUAGUGAACAGGGGCAUAUUGGAACCUUCUUUACAACAAACCUGCGCCUUCUGUGGUGUUCGGACACCUCAGCGGAGUUCAACAUAUCGAUCCCUUUUCUGCAGAUUGCUGCAAUGCGCAUUCAGGAUACCGAGUUUGGCUUGUCUCUCAUGGUUGAGACCACCGCAUCCGUCGACUCGUACGUCAUUGGUUUCCGCGUAGAUCCCGUCGCGCGGCUGGAUCAGCUCUUUAAGGAGUGCACGUCGCUGCUGAAUGCCUUCAAAACCCACCCUAACCUCGGUGUGGCCGUUACUUUGCAGGAUGUGACAGCGGGAAAUGAUGACGAGGUGUCGGCGAUGUUGGGGGCGGCUGAAGGCGCUUCCGUCGGCCCGCAGCCUCGCGAGUUGGAUGGUGAAAAUGUUGUGCAGGAGGUGGCGACUGAUGCCUUUGCGGCGUAUUACGUGGGGAUUGGGCAGAAGGGAGCCGAUCGCAAACCCGAGUACAACGCUUCCAUAGGGCUCGCAGUGGAGAAGUUGCGUAAUGGUGUUACAUUGCAGGAUUUGUGGAAUGUCGUGACAUAA